CACACACACACACACACACACACACACACACACACACACACACACACACACACACACACACACACACGCGCGCAGACAGUGUUGAGCAUCAGGAGGAUUAACAAGUUUGCUGCGGUAAAAUGAUUCACUCCAAUCAGUCCAGUCACUGGAUCUUCUGCUGCUGCUGCUGUGCUCUUCAGACCAGGAGCAGCACGUGUGUAGAUGUGAAUAGCAGCAGACGUUCAGGGUCCAUCUGUAGGUCUCAGCUGUCCAAAAAGAAGCUGCCUUACCCUCCUCCUGAUGAUGAUGAUGAUGGGAUGAUGAAGGUGGUAGCCAUGUAUGAUUUCUCUGCCAGAGAGAGUUCAGACCUGACGCUUCAUCAAGGAGACGAGUACACUAUACUCCAUAAACAAGACCAGCUGUGGUGGAGAGCCAAAGAUGAACAUGGGAACAAGGGUUUCAUUCCCAGUAACUACGUCACAGAAGUGGGGACCAUAGAAGCCAACCACUGGUACUGUAAAAACAUCAACAGAGCUGAAGCAGAACAUUUACUCAGACAAGAGGGUAAGGAUGGAGGGUUCGUGGUCAGGAGCUCCAGUCAGCCGGGCAGCUACACCGUGUCAGUUUAUUCCCAGAGUUUAGGUAAAGGGGAGAUCAAGCACUAUCAGAUCAAGCAGACAGACGCAGGGCUCUUCUACCUGGCAGAAAAACAUCUCUUCAACUCCAUCCUAGAACUCAUAAACUACCACAAACACAAUUCAGCAGGUCUCAUGUCACGGCUGCGAUAUCCCAUUGGACCACUGGGGAAAUGUCUUCCGGCAACGGCAGGAUUUAGUUCAGACAAAUGGGAUAUCGAUCCGUCUGAAUUGACGUUCAUGAAGGAACUGGGCAGUGGUCAGUUUGGAGUGGUCAGACUGGGCAAAUGGAGAGCGCAGCAUAAAGUGGCCAUAAAAACCAUCAAUGAAGGAGCCAUGAGUGAAGACGACUUCAUAGAGGAGGCCAAGAUCAUGACGAGAAUGUGUCACCCUAAACUGGUUCAGCUAUACGGCGUGUGUGUCACCCGGCGGCCCAUCUGCAUUGUGACCGAAUUCAUGGAGAACGGCUGUUUGCUUCACUUUCUGAGACAGCACAGUGGAAGUCUGGAGCAAGUGACGCUGCUCUUCAUGUGUCAGGACGUCUGUGAAGGGAUGGAAUACCUGGAAGAAAACAACUUCAUCCACAGAGACCUGGCCGCACGGAACUGUCUGGUGAACGAGAGAUGCGUUGUGAAAGUGUGUGACUUUGGCAUGACCAGAUACGUGUUGGAUAAUCAAUACAUCAGCUCCAUGGGCUCCAGGUUUCCCGUCAAAUGGUCUCCACCUGAAGUUCUUCAUUUCAACAAGUACAGCAGCAAGUCAGACGUCUGGUCAUUCGGUGUGUUGAUGUGGGAGGUCUUCUCGGAGGGGAAGAUUCCCUUUGAGAAUCGCUCGAAUGUGGAGGUGGUGGAGGAGGUGACCGGUGGUGGACGUCUCUACAGACCUCACCGAGCGACUCCACACGUCUACAACAUCAUGUACAGUUGCUGGCAUGAGGUUCAUUCAUUUACAUUUCUCAUCGUUUCAGGGGUCAUGGCGUGCCUUUUAAAGGAGUCAUUCGCCGGAAAGACCUGGUGGACGGCCGUGUUUUUCUGAGUUACUGCAGAACACCAGACAGAUAACAGAGGACACACACACAACUGAAGCACAUAUUUCUCAGGCCUCCAUCACAUGACAGCUGACAUCUUUACAUCAAAUAAAUCCUAUUCAAUGUCAAUGCUUUAAGUUUUGUGAC